AUGAUUUCGAUUGUACACACGUCGGCGCCCAAGAGCCCCUCACACCACUCCUCGUCGCCUGUGGAGUGGCCCGCGAACUACGACGACCCCUUCCUCAAAGAUAUUUUCGACCACCCCGGUGACUAUGGCGCUCUUCAACUUGUGCCCCUCAUCAAGCUGUUGGAAUCAUAUCGCUUGAUCGACGACGCACUGGAGCAUACUCGUGAGCAGGCGGUGAAAGCUGUCGUGUGCAAGAUUCAGGCGGCGGUGUUGGAGUCAUUAGCACGACACCCCAGCAAUGAUGGCGACGGCGACUCCGUCGUGGCCGAGACCGAAGACAUUCCUGGCAACGGGGUCUCUGAACAGAUACCUGUCGAUGAACCCGGCGCUGACGCAAAUACAACCGUGCCGACUUACCCAACAACCACUGCAGCGCCUUUGCCGCCGUGUCCACCCACGACGGGCGCGUAUCAAGCCCAUCCUCCUGUUGAUGUCGCACAGCCCACCUCGCACGGGAAUCACUGCUGGUUUGGACCGAUUCAGCAGAAUAUCAACGUCUGGAAUAAUUACCACGGCACAGCAGCACCAGCGCCAUCAACCCCAGCCACCAUUACCACCACCAGCCCAUCACAGAAUGCCGCUCUUCUUGGGGUGCCUCAGCAGAUCGGGACGUCUCAGCUGAUCGGCGCGCAUGCGCAGCCAAACGCCCAUCAGCAGCAAUACGACCUUCAACAGCGAUAUUUCCAGCAAUUCGCGGCCACAACACCCUCUCAAUUCUUGUCUGAUCAACCCUUGUCCAACUUUGUUGAUACCAACCUCGCACCAGCAGGAUUCUGGAACACAGAGACUUCAACAGCAUUUCCUCAAGGGGUUCUCCGAGGCGGGGCAGGAUUCCCAGGAGGAUACUUUUCUUGGCAACCAUUUGUUCCCGUCGUCGGUUUCGAAAAUGGGAGGGCGCAUCCUUGA